AUGGCGACGCUAAUCCAACCCACAAACUUCAUCUCCGCCCCACCUUCAAAACCCCAACUUCUCAAGACCCCAUGUAUACAAACCCACUCAAAAUCAUCCCUUUCAUCACUCACACACAAAGUAUCUCUCAGCAGCUUCAACAAGUCUCUGGAUGAAGCUUAUGCCUCGGCUCUCGAUCACUGUGCCGCCCAAAGCUCAUUAUCAUUUGGGAAGCAAAUCCACACCCACGUCAUAAAGCGUAACAACACCCGCGACUUGGAUUUUCUGCGCACUAAGCUCGUGCUCAUGUACGGUAAAUGCGGGUCGUUGUUGGAAGCCCGGCACGUGUUCGAUGAAAUGGCGGAGAGAAGUAUUUUCACCUAUAAUGCCAUGCUCGGUGCUUAUAUCUCGAAUGGGGAGCCUAUGAAAGCAAUCAAAUUGUAUGCUGAGUUGAGGUUCUUGGGUAUCCGUCCGGAUGCCCAUACUUGUAGCUGCGUGUUGAAGGCGUGUUCGCAAGUCGAGGAUAUACGCUGUGGGAAAGAGAUUCAUGGGUACGUGGUAAAAUCUGGAUUUUUAGGCAACGGAGUUGUUGUGAACUCGCUGGUGGGCGUUUAUGCACAGUGUGGCGAUUUGAAAGCGGCCGAGCUGAUGUUCGGUGGGGGAAUGAGAUCGGGAGAUGUAGUUUUGUGGAACUUGAUGAUUUCUGCUUAUUUUGAAAGUGGUAUGGCAAGAGAAGCUUGGAAGGCUUUUGUAGAAAUGCAGAAUGCUGGUGUCACCCCAUCCACGUAUACGUUUGUUGCUGUUCUUCAGGCCUGUGAGGACCUUUUGUCCGGGAUGCAAACUCAUGCUGUCGGGAUAAAAUUAGCUCUCUGUUUCGACCGAUAUGUUGGUAAUGCUUUUCUCGUCAUGUACUCCAAAUUCGGCAGAGUAGAUGAGGCGGCAAGAGUUUUUUAUGGUAUUGCUCAUAAGGACAACUUUUCUUGGAACUCGAUGUUGGAUGCUUACGUGGAAAACGGGCUUUACGACGAAUCGCUCGUUUUUUUCCGUGAGAUGGUUAGAUCGGGCGUGGGACCCGACCAAGUUUCUGUCAUCGGUGUGCUCUCAGCUUGUGGAAAAUCGAGAAAUAUUUUAAACGGAAUGGAAACUCACGCUUUCGCUCUGAAAAACAGGAUGGAAUCGGGACUUGAAGUGGGCAACACAAUCACGGACAUGUAUGCAAAGUGCCGUAACACAGGUUAUAUGGAGACCUCUUUUUCAAGAAUUACCGGAAAAGAUUACAUUUCGUGGACGACAGUCAUAUCCGGUUACAUUCAGAACUUUCAUUACACAAAAGGUGUGCAAUUGUUAAGGGAUGCUCUGCUAGAAGGGAUUCGUGUCGAUAAAACAAUGCUCGGGAUUGUUCUCCUAGCUUGUCGGGGCCUGAAAUGUGUCUCGCAAGCAAAAGAGAUUCAUGGCUACGUAGUGAGAAACAAUAAUUUAACCGAUAUUGUGCUUCAAAACACUAUUGUCGACAUAUAUGGACAGUGCGAACAAGUGGGGUACGCUCGAAACGUAUUUAAACUAAUAGAAAACAAAAAUGCCAUUUCUUGGACGAGCAUGAUCGAUUGUCAUGUCCAUAACGGACUCGCACACGAGGCUCUCCGAGUUUCUACUCAAAUGGUGAAAUCGGGCGUCGAGCUAGACCCGGUUGCACUUUUGUGUAUUCUCUCAGCCAUCACGAAUUUAUCGGCUUUAAGGAAAGGCAAAGAGAUUCACGGCUUCUUGAUUAGAAAAUGCCUGCACUUAUGGGAAUCCAUCCCGAGCUCGCUCGUGGAUAUGUACGCCAGCUGUGGUGCUGUGGAUAGCUCGCAAAAGGUUUUCGAUUCUGUCGAGGAUGAUAAAGAUUUGGUUUUGUGGACGAGCAUGAUUAAUGCGCACGGAUUGCACGGCCAGGGCACGAAAGCCAUCGAAUUAUUCGAAAAUAUGGAGGGAAAAAAAAGCGUUCGUCCCCCCGAUCACAUCGUCUUUCUUGCCCUUCUCCACGCGUGCAGCCACUCGUCAUUAGUCGACGAAGGAAAAAAAAUCUUUUUCGACACCAUGCAAAAUCGAUACAAUUUGGAACCGUGGCCCGAACACCAUGCGUGCCUAGUCGAUCUCCUCGGCCGCGCGAAUCGUCUGGAGGAAGCUAUCGAACUUGUCAAAACCAUGAAACCGGGACCCACAGCAGCUGUGUGGUGCGCCCUCCUAGGCGCUUGCAGAACUCAUUCGAACAUGGAAAUAGGCGAAAUAGCCGCGAGAGAGCUUCUCGAGCUGGAGCCCGAAAACCCGGGAAACUACGUGCUCGUAUCCAACUUAUAUGCCUCGGCUGGUAAAUGGGACGAGGUUGAACGAGUUCGAACUAUAAUGAAGGCCAAGGGCUUGAAAAAGGACCCGGGCUGCAGUUGGAUCGAGAUUAAGAACGAGGUUCACACGUUUUUUACAGGGGACAGGUGUCAUCCGAGGUCUGACGAGAUAUAUGGGAAGCUUGAUGAGAUUGUGGAGAGAUUAGAGAGUGUCGGGGGUUACAGAGCUGAGACGAGCCAUGUGUUGCAUGACGUGGAGGAGGAUGAGAAGAAAAGGAUGCUGUAUGGGCAUAGUGAGCGGCUCGCUUUGGCUUACGGUUUGCUGAGUAGUAGUACCGGGCGAGGAGUGCCGAUUAGGGUCUCGAAGAACUUACGAGUGUGUCGGGACUGUCACGAUUUUACGAAGCUGGUUUCGAAAGUUUUCGAGCGGGAAAUUGUGGUGAGGGAUGCCAACAGGUUUCAUCACUUCAAGGAUGGUGUUUGCUCCUGUGGGGAUUUCUGGUGA